AUGACUGAUGCUACAUUUCACACCACCAUUCAGGACCUCCGCAGGGCCGAGUCCAAGCUUUCCUUGCUACAUGGUGGCAACACCCCAGCAGACUCAAAUGUAUCGAGAAUGAAGUCGAUCAUCGAUCAAAACACCAACAAGCCCGCACAAAUUGACAAGAUCAAGGCCAAUUUACCUCUACCUGAUCAACCUCCAGUUGCCAGCGACUGGAAUUCUCUCGACCAGCGUAUCACCGGUGUUGGCUCUGGACGUGUCGAAUACCCUCCUGACAACAGUGGGUUGCGUGGUGCUCCGGCUGCGGGCAGUAGUGCUGAAGAACUUGGACUGUAG